UGAUGACGUCGUUAUAGAGCGCCGCAGAAGCUAAACAUCUAGCAACGUUAGCUCAUGAUUUGUGAGGAGGUUAUUACAAUGGUUGAUAUUUGAUCUUGUUAGAUGGUCCAGCAACCGCCCCGGUGCCGAGUAGUUGUUUGGUUCAGUCUCAGCCGGCAGUCGUUAUGGCAGAGGAGGGUGAUUUAUCACCCAGCCUUCUGACAGAGGAUAUAAAACACAGCAAUGGCGACUUCGUGCCUCCAGAAGGUCUCUGCUGGGUGUCAGUGCUGUCCUGUCUGCUGCUGGCUUGUUCUUAUGUUGGUAGUUUGUACGUAUGGAGGAGUGACCUGCCGAGGGAUCAUCCCACUGUCAUAAAGAGACGCUUCACCAGUGUACUGAUCGUGUCGGGCCUGUCUCCUCUCUUUGUGUGGGCAUGGAGAGCGUUCACAGGUGUCAGGACUGGCCCAUCAUUACUGGCCCUCAUGGGGAUCCGGCUUGAAGGCCUCAUUCCUGCCAUCGUACUUCCUCUGCUGCUCACCAUGGUCCUGUUUCUGGGCCCACUCAUGCAGUUGGCGAUGGACUGUCCCUGGAGCUUCAUGGAUGGGAUCCAGGUGGCCUUUGACCCGUGGUUCUGGAUGUUGUGUUUCAGUGACAUGCGCUGGUUGAGGAAUCAGGUGGUGGCACCGUUAACAGAGGAGCUGGUGUUCAGGGCAUGCAUGCUGCCCAUGUUGGUGCCCUGUGCUGGUCCUUCCAUUGCCAUCUUCACCUGCCCCCUCUUCUUUGGCGUAGCUCACUUCCACCAUGUGAUCGAGCUGCUGAGGUUCAGACAGGGGACGCUAUCCGGGAUUUUCCUCUCUGCAGUGUUCCAGUUCUCCUACACAGCCGUGUUUGGGGCCUAUACUGCCUUCAUCUUCAUUAGAACAGGUCACCUUGUGGGUCCGGUGCUCUGCCACUCCUUCUGUAAUUACAUGGGUUUUCCCGCCAUCAGCGCAGCAAUGGAGCACCCCCACCGCCUCACUGUCCUCUCCUCCUACCUGCUGGGGGUUCUCCUCUUCCUCCUCUUGCUCUUUCCCUUCACUGACCCCUCCUACUACGGCCUCCCCACACCAGUCUGCACCCUCACCUUCUCCCCCAGCUCCCUCUGCCUCUCCUGAUCCCUGCCCCCACACACUUCUCUGCUGGUGUCACAUCACCUACUACUGAUGAAGCAGUUGAGGGUGGGUUUUUUUUUGUUUUGUUUUGUUUUUUUAGGGGUCAUGGCAGGUCCAGUUUGGACAGACAGCACUAACAGCUAUGUGUGCUAAGUUGCCAUGGAGAGGUGGGGAAAUCUGUAGCCAUGUUCUGUGGUCUAUGGACCCUUGAAAUGUCAAUACAUUUUCAUGACAUAUUUCAAUUAAUCAGCUGAUGCUGAUCAGCUGAUACAGAGUUUAAGCAGGUGGAGGUUUAUGUUGCUGCGAGUGAGCCCCAAGAGCAUCCAGGUCCAGGACAGUUUAUGUGAUCUUUGGCCUGCGCUGCCACCCUGAUACAUUAUUUUAAUGUAGUUCUAACACUGAAGGACAAUUCCUCCUCCUCAGAUCCUCUUAUGCUGAUCGAGCUCAUCAGUUUGUGGUGGAGCAUUAUAAUGUACCUUUCUGGUGUACAGAUGUACCACUCAGCCUGUCUCGUCUUUUUAAAGGAUGAUUCUGGUUUAUUACAAGUUUUCGGGAUUUUCCUCAUAUCUGUCAGUAAUAAUAAAAGUUAUUGCAGCGAUCUGGAAACAAAGAGACAUCACACAGAAGUCCAGUCGAACAGGUUUUAAACAAAAUCCCAGUUUAGUCAGCAUGAUGUGGAAGAGAAGGCAAACAGGAAGAGCAACAUUAUUACCCAAACUGUCUGUUGUAAACAUCAGUCCACUUCCUGAUUCAUCUCUGACUGAGUGCACCUGUAGUUAUUAGUUAUCAGUUAAACUACAGAUUAUUUUUCAAUCAUAAUUUAAGAGGCCAAGGUGAUAAGAUAAGACAAAAAUAUAAAUAAUCACAUCCGAGAAAAUAGUGUAGGAGUAUUUAGGGUUUUAGGAAUUACUGAAUUGGUUCCACCCUAGCAGACAUGGUUUUCAUGUGCAAUGAAACUACUCGACACCAACAAAUCAUAAUGGCUUCUAUAGUUGACCAACUUUAGCUUAUUACAGAUCUAUUGCAUUCUGUAUGCUGGAAUGAAUAAGAAAUUCCAGAAUGCCAAAUAUGUUUGAGGCAAUUUAAGAGCAGUACUCACCCAAGGCAGCACCCUGUUCUAUGUAAGCCACUUGAAGACAACGCCAGAAACGCUGGUGGUGUCGCCAAGCAUGUCAUUUCAGGUUAAUGCCUGUUACUGCUACAGGCUGUGAUGCCAUCCUAUUUUUCACCAUCAGUGCUGUGAAACUGUUCUGUUAACAUACCUUACUGCUGCAUUGUGUGUCCAAAUCUUUAGUUAUGUUAAGAAAUUACAUUAAAAAAAAACUGGCCAAAAUUCCAGAUGCUUUUAAACGGUGACAUGUUGAUAUUGGUGUUGGCCAAAUAAAUCCAGAAUUGAGUAUUUUUUUUCACAUUUCAGGUAGACUUCAGUUUGACCUUCAAUCAGAAGGAAAGAAGAAAACUAUGAAAAUAAGAAUAGCUGUAGAGUUCUUCUACCGGACAGGGCUCCACAAAGCAUAGGAGUUCAGGUCGGGUUGGGGCCAUUAAAAAAUAUAUAUCUUCAGGUCUUGGGUCAGCUUUGUAUUUUGAAUUCGGCAGUACAAGUUGGGUUCAGUUGAGGUCUGGGUUGCUUCCAAAAUUUUAGGCCCCUACAGAACUCGACCAAGGCAUAAUAAACCAGAAUGAUCCUUUCAUGCCUUUGAGCAUUUCUUGGGGGAGACAUGAAGUCAUUGCUUUCAGCAUAGAGGGUUGUUGGAGAGACAGUGCUCACAACCCACACAUGUGUAAUGGCUGCAUUGCAUUCUGGUCUACAGAGGCUCAUAGAGAUGUUAGCAUCUUUGCAAAUAAUCCUGCUGUGGCUGCAGUAAAGUACAGAAAUGUUGGUGUGAUGUUGAAAUAGGUACAGGACUAUCAUCUAUAUUUCGUUUUUAAUGUUUGGAGCUUGUUGUUGAAAGUGACAUUUCAGCUGGAUUACUUUCUUUGUGUUCAUACAUCAGGACUCUGCUGUUUAGAGAAAUGUUCUGCUGGAAUCGGUCAGUGUUUUGUACGAUACAAUAAUAAUUUUGUACGAUAUUUAUAUACCUCUGCAUGUUUCACUGCUGUUAGUUGUUUUGUUGGUGAAGGUGGGUGACGGGAUAACUUGGGGGGGAUGUCAGUGUUCAUAAUGCCUAAAACAUACUCUAUUUAAGUACACCAACACAAACGGUUGUACAUACUCAGAUGAUUAAGGUGUACUACAUGUCCUCGGGGAGGUAAAAUACAUCAUUUCUCAAGCGGGUCAUACAGAGUGGUGAAAAUGGGCUGUUAAAGCAGGCAGUUUCAUUCUGUUGGUUGUAGACCCCCUAGCUGUGAUACUGAAUUAUGUUAAGGGACUGGUCACACCAGCAUUUGUAACAUUUAGCUUGUGGAGGCAAAGUCAGUAUGUGUAAGAGACUUUGUGAAUUUGCGUCAUUUACUUUUUACAAACUUACUUGUUGGCACUGACCUCUGAGCACGGCUAGAUUACCAACUGAGCAAAGCGGGCAACUGCCCAAGGGUCUGCAAAGCCCCCAGGUUCACUGUGUCAGUUUGUUUUAUAUCAUUUGUGUCCUUACACAGAGUAUGUUUGGGUCCUAAAGCUGGAGAUUUUUAUAUGUUUUAAACCUCCAGUGAGGAACUUUACUUUGAGGUCCUAAAAUGGCCUCUAAGACUUGUUUUCAUGUGCCAGUUGAGAGUUUUUCUCUUCCAAAAUAUCCAUUCUGAGCAUCUUGUCCACAUUUCCUAACUAGUCACUAUUAAAAUUUGGUUGCACAAUUUCUUAGCUGUCUCUUACACAGUAUAUUCGUAGACGUAAAAGCUAUGAUUAUGCCUUUUGCUCCCACGCUCUCGUGCUUCACUUAUAUAUUGCCUUGAGUUGAAGGAAAAGUAAUAUUCCAACACUCAGGUGUCAUUUAAUAGAGGCAAGAAUACGCCAACCACUACGUUGCAUGCUGCUACUUGUAUAUUUACAGUACAAGUAAAUGGGUUAGGGUUCACAUCAAUGCACAGCUUUACUACAAAAACUUUAAAGAUAAUACUCUGUGAUAGAGCCCGACCGGUAUGGAAUUUUUAAGACUGAUAAGACGACCCCCCCCCCCCCUUCUUUUCAGAAACUUAUAACAAACAAAGAUUAUCCCUAACGUUUGUUAUGUGUAGUUAAGAGACCUCAA